UCCAAACCACCAAUUGUGCCUUCUCCUUCUUGUAAUAUUUUCUUUUUUCUUCUUCCUUGAUUUCAUUCUUUUGCAGUCUGCAACAUUAAACCUCACGAUGGACAACUAUCACGCCUGCUCCUCGGUAAUUAGUGAGUUCGAAGCGCGCAAAGCCGGCGCCUUCACCUCCCUCCCGAUCCGCGUGAACCGCUACAGCGAGGUGGCCACCAAAGCUGCCCAGGACUUUGUGUGCAAAUGGAACUGCCACUUCGAUGUUGGGUCCAAUUAUCCCGGGUCAACAUCGGCGACUCGCUUCGGACCGCGAGACAGCCCACUUGUCAUGAUCAUCCCCGAGGCGCAGCCGGACAGACUGGCGACGGCGGCGUGUUUGGCUGAGAUGGCACGACUGCUUGAUGACCUCUGCCAUCGAUUCGGAACUCAUAAUCGACACGAGGGCUUUGAGUUGUUGAACCGGUGCAUCGAGCAAUUCUCGGCCUCCUCUUCCUGCUCGUGCUCUGGAUCGUGCGGGAAGAGUUUGGGAGGGGACCGUCAGCACCACUAUCGCCACCACCACCACCACCACCACCAUCAUCGCCUUCAGCAGGUCAUUUCGGAGAUCUUCUCGGAUGUUUGCCGGGCUGAGUGCGAGCACGGGGUGCAUCUGCUUGAGGUGUAUCGGAAAGCGAUUGUUCGGGCUCCAACGCCACUGGACUGCAAGAAGAAGUUCGCCUUUGAAGCCUUCUGGCCGAUCUUGGAAUUCGCCAUCGGUGUUCAUCUCUCGCACGUUGACCACAUGCUUCUUCACGAAAUCAAGGACGUCGCGGAUGAGUGCCUCGCCUUGAACGAUGAAUACUGGAGCUGGACUGCAGGGUGCGCAGACCAUAAGGCCGGGCGCAACAUCAUCGACUGCUUUGUUCGCGUGGAGGGGUUGUCGGUUGACGCAGCACGCGAGAAGGUCAGAAGAAGUAUUCUUGAGCUCGAGAGCCGGUUCCUGUCCCUCAAGGACAGAUUCUCCUGGCAACACCCGACCGAAUCGAUCCGUCUGCACCGUUGGAUCGAGGCCGUCGGGGCGGCGAUGGCCAGCUACAACUACUGGCGGGCGAAUCUGUCGUCUCCAUGCUUCAGCAGUAGCAACUGCGGCAAAGCCGAAUGGACCAGCACCUCGUCUACCACCACCCUCAUCGAUCGUCCUUGCUCUCCUCAACUCAGCUACAGACUCCACCACAGCAGCCUCGAGAGCAAGACCACAGACACCACCGCUUUAACCGCUCCAACUACCUACAUCAGCUCUAUCGCCUCCACCCCGACCACCGCAAUCCUGAACAUGCUCCCGGCCGCGCUGAACUGCUGGGCCCGCGCGCCGGAACCCUCCCUCCAACACAUCCAGACCAUCUUCACCAACCUCCACAACGCCACUCUCAUCCUCUGGGACAUCUUCACCGCGAGCACCACCCGCCACAGCAGCCCGGCCACCCACGUCGUCUUCGGGACCGCCCAGGCCACCAACAGCGCCUACUACGCCUUCACCCACGCCCUGCAAUCCGUCCAGCACCACCCCCACCUCCUCAGCAACCCGCCGCAAGCCACCGCCAUCCUGACCGAAGGUCUCACCAGACUCUUCACCGGCCAGAGCUGGGCCCUGAACUGGAAGUUCACGCACCACAUCCCCACCGAGCCCGAAUACCUAGGCCUAAUCGACGAUACCACGGGGGCACUCUUCUCCAUUCUGGUCCGACUGCUGCAGUCGCAGUCCCGCUGUGCCCCUCCCUCGCCAUCCCCAUGCCAUCCUCACAACAGCAGCAGCAGCACCAACGACCCCAAGUUCCUGAACCGCAGCGACUCCCUCCUCUACCUCACCAACCUCCUUGCGCGGUUCAUCCGCAUCCGCGAGGAGUACCUCUUCUUCACCACCGAGUCCACCACACCAACUAGCACCAUUCCCUCCAAGCCUGGGGCAGAAAGCACGAUAGGAGGAUACAGCUACUCCUACCCCAUCAUCCGGCUCCUGAACACACGGCCCGAGUACCGUGCGCAGAUCACUGCGCUGCUAUCCUCUUCUGCUGCUGCUGCGACUACUGGCUCAUGCUCGUCAUCGUACGCUGGUUCGUUCUCGGGUUGUGCGUCUCGUGGAACCAGCCCCUCGCCGUGCGCCUGCCCCCCUUCUACUGCGUCUUCUUCUUCCUCGUCUUGUUCCUGUCCCUCUUCAACUGGAGCAAACGGCACGGGCCAGGGCUUCGGAGUGUGCGGUAGUGCUAUCCCGCCGCCGAUGAGUGUCCCCGGUCUGUUGCACUUGCUCCGCGAUUCCGGGGUGUUGGCCGCCACCAGGGAGUUCCUGCGGGAUAUGGAGGAGCAGAUUGAGCGGGAGGUCGGGCGGUUGGAGGCCGGGGUGUUUGGCGGGGAGACGAAUUCGUUGGUGCGGACGGUUGUGGGGCGGUUGAGUGUGCGGGGGGUGGUUUGAUCUUGAUGUCUCUGCUGGUAUGGGAAGGCAGUAACGGUGGAGGGAGUCUUGUAUCAAGACUUUCCCUUGGGCGGGUGGGUGGAAUGAGGUGUACUCUAAUUGCUGGGUGAUAG